AUGAAUAAGGGCGCUUAAUAAUCAAACAAUAACACCUCAACAAGUCAAACAUAAGCAAAUACUUAGAAGACCACUGUUGAUCCAAAAACACAGUAAAAUGCUACGACAUUGAGCUAAUCAACAACAAAUACAACUAAUCAAUCAUAAAUAAGUCAGACUUAAAAUAAGCCUUUAGUCAAUACUACUACAACAACAAAUACUAGCAGCAAUUAGGCUACAAACUAGAAUAUCAGCAACCAAUAGUAGCAAUAGAAUCUUCCUGCUUAAUAACAAUAGUAGCAAAAUGCUAACUCAAAGAAAGUUGAAGAAUAAAAAACGACUACCCAAACUUAAUCAAAUGCAACAGUAGGAACUGCAACUCAAUAGAAUGCUAACUUAAAUCAGCAAAAUACUACAGGAACUGCAGAUUAGCAAAAGCUAUAAGCCAAUACUGGCGCCUUAAACACCACAACUUCAAAAGUUGAUCCUAAACAAUAAGCAACUGGUACCACAGGAACUCAAUAAUAGUAAAACUAAAUAUAGCAAUAAAAUACUAAUACCUAAUAGUAGCAAAAUCUUGCAAAAACUGAAGUUAAAGUAGAUGCAUCAAAAUAAGGAUCUUAAUAGAAUAAUGCAACUGGAUUAUAGAAUUAAGAUGGAAUUGGAAGUGAGUCCUAUAUUGCGGUUCAAAAAAGAAUACCAUAGGUAGAGCCAAUUACUGAUAAGGACUUACAGGGUAAAGCAGGCAUUGACUAAAUAUCCUAUCUAGAAAGUUUGAAAGUUAAAUACUCUACUCAAAUUGAUACUCAAACGAAGCAGUUCAAAAGAUAAGAAACUCUUAAUGCAUAUAAUAGGCAGUAGAUGAAGAAAUAGAGUAUCAUGGUUUAAAGGAGUCUAAUAUAAGAAUAAACUAGCAAAAAUUUAAGACUCUUGCAAAAAUAUGAGGAGAAAAAAGCAGAAGUUGACAGAGAAAUCGUAAUAGAAGAUCAAAGGUUAGAGUCUCUCAAAACAAUCCCAGCUUAAGCACAACCAAAAGUAGAUCCUAAGGUACAAGGAUAGCCUCCUUCUAAAGAGGAGCCAACUAAAAUUUAAUAACUUAAUUAAAUAAGCUCUAAGCUUCAAACAGAUAUUGAAAUUCUAAAAGCCAGAAUCUUAGAAGGUGAGAGAGUAAAGCUUGAAUUAGAGGAGUUACUCGAGGAUAAGAGUGACUUUUUAAAGCAAAACGGAGACCUUAUUCUUUAAAUUGAGGGCCUUGAACAAACUAUAAAGAGAUAAGAACAAGAAUUAAAAUUGUUAGAUGCUGAAGUUGAGAAAAAGAAACAAGAAGAGAUAAUGGCAAUAAAGUCAUAAAAUGAUAAGGCCAGCCAAUCUUUAGUUAUCAUGUCUAAAUUAGAGGGUAGUAUAAAAACCCAUUACAGAGAACAAGAACUAAUUUCACUUGAGUAGUAAUAUAAACAAAUGCAAGAAAAAAUAAAAACUCAAAUUUUAGAUUAGGAAAAAUUAAAUAAAAAAAUAGGAGAGGCAAAGACACUUAAUAACAUCACAGAUGAGCAUAUUGAGUUGUAAAAGAUAAGAUCAGAAAUUAAAUUAUGUCAGGAUUAGUUAAUAAAUGAUAGAAAGAUCAUUUAAGACUCUGAUACCAAAAUCAAUGCUUAUUAGAAUGACAUUUAUGCACUUGAAGCACUCUACGAGGAGGAAGUUGAUUUAAACAGAGAACUUACUAAUGAGAGAUUCUGGCUGAAUGAACAGGUCCUGGAAUAACAAUAGAAUUUAGACACCGUAAGAGAAGAAUACGAAGAAUUGAAAAACUAAGAAGACAAUAAGCCAGUCUUCAUUCAAUAGAGAAGAGUCUAAGGAGUCCCAAUUAGCAGUUAAUUUGCAACAAAUAACUUUUCAUCCUAGCAAUUGAAUACUAAUGCCUAGUCACAAGACCUUUAUAACUAUUCUCCACUGCGACAAUAUGAGGCCUAAGAUUUGUAAAAUCAACAAGUACCACAAUAAUAUAUUCGAUAAGAUGAGGUUUUAAAUCAAGUUCAAGCUCAAGACUAAGAUUAAAAGAACCAGCAGCUAGUAUACAAUGAGAAGCUAGAUGUUGAGACAAAUGAAAAACUCAGCGAUCAAUACUUAGAAACACACAAGAAAUUGCUUCAAUCUGAAACAAACAGCUUUGAUCUACUUUUAUUCUUCAUUGCUGUUAUCACCCUCCUACUGUUAGUCAAUAUCUACUUCAGCAACUACAGAUCUCUUGAGCCAAUCUCAACCUAUGCCAGAAUGACCAAGGACUUUUUAUUUAGUGGCUUAGGCAAGUUUUCAAAGAAAUGA